ACCAGUUUAUAGUACAACAUGAAACAGUUUAGACUUUAGGUUUUAGUUAGAUAAUGGCAGCUGCCAAUAGUGAAUGUUUACCAACAUCACCAUCAUUUAAUAAUGAUAGCGAUUCACCAACAAAUUCAUCGCGAACAGAUAAAAUAUUAUCACGAUCAUCAUCCAGUUCAUCAUUUAGAGACUUUCAAUGGCCUACAUUAUCAUUAAUAUCACGAUCAUCACGAGUAAAUAAAGUUCUCAGAAACAAAAAAGCUCGCGAUCCUGUAGUAAUUGAACGCAGUAAUUUAGUUAACAUCAGUAAAUUAAUAGUCAAGGAGUUAAUAGAACAAUCCCUUAAAUAUGGUCGAAUGUUGGAUUCAGAUCAUAUGCCUUUGCAGCAUUUCUUUAUUGUUUUGGAACAUGUUUUACGUCAUGGGCUCAAACCCAAGAAAGGUUUGCUUGGACCGAAGAAAGAACUAUGGGAUAUUUUACAAACUGUGGAAAAAUUUGCACCAGAAGCACAAGAUAUUACAACUAGCGUUAGAGAUCUACCAACUGUAAGAACACAUAUGGGACGUGCAAGAGCAUGGCUUCGUUUGGCACUUAUGCAGAAGAAAUUAGCUGAUUACUUAAAAGUAUUAAUUGAUCACAAAGAAGAAGCAUUAGCUGAAUAUUUUGAACCAGAUGCGUUAAUGUUAAGUGAUGAAGCAGUUGUUAUCAUUGGACUUUUAGUUGGAUUAAAUGUAAUUGAUUGUAAUUUAUGUAUCAAGGAAGAAGAUUUAGAUUGUCAACAAGGUGUUAUCGACUUCUCAUUGUAUUUACGGUCAACAAAUCAAGUCACUGGAGACAACAAUGGAGACGGAGACAAUAAUGAAAAUAUGACAACAGUGUUAGAUCAAAAGAAUUAUAUAGAAGAACUUAAUCGUCAUUUAAAUGCUACGGUGACAAAUCUACAGACAAAAGUGGAAUCUUUAACAACAACGAAUGCAUUAAUGAAAGAAGAUCUUGCAAUAGCUAAGAAUAAUUUACUAUCGUUAUAUGAAGAAAAUAGAAAACUAAAAUUAGAACUAGGACAUGAUGUAUCAUCUGAACGAGUAGAUGAAGGUGGUGGCAGUGGUGACCAUGUUCACGCCCUAGAACAUCAUAAACAAAUGUUAGCAAACUCUGAGGAUGCGUCUGCGUUACGUUUACAAUUAGAAGAGGAAUGUAAGCUUAGAAUGGAAACAGAAAAGGAAUUAGAUUUACAGAUUUGUUUGAAAGCUGAAAUGGAAGUAGCUAUGAAGUUAUUGGAGAAAGAUAUUCAUGAAAAACAAGACACCAUUAUAUCCCUUAGAAGACAACUCGACGAUAUCAAACUGAUUAAUUUGGAAAUGUAUAAUAAGUUACAAGAAUGUGAAAGUUCAUUAAAACAUAAAACAGAAUUAAUUAGCAAAUUGGAAACAAAAACAUUGUCCAUGACUGAUACAAUCCACAAACUUGAUGAAAAAUAUCGUGAAUGUGAACAAUUAAGAGCCAAUUUUGAACAAUUCUCAAAAAAUUUAGAAAUACGUGCUGCUGAAAAAGAGGAAGCUGUUACACAUGUUGAAGUUGAUUUACGAACCGAACGAGAAUGGCGUACAACACUUCAAGAAACAUUGGAAUCAGAUCGGGAACGUAUCGCACAACUUCAACAAGAAUUACAUCAACUUAGGAAUUUAUCAAAGAAAUAUACUGCAUUACAAGAAGAUUACUACACGUUAAAAGAACAUUGUCUAGAACAAGAACAAACCCUCGAAGAAUUAGGAAGUCAAUUGAGUGUUAGUAAAUUAAAAAUAUCUGAUCUACAAGAGGAAGCAACACGUCUCAAAUCAGAUGGACAAUGGGCAAGCGAUAAAGAUAUUACAAAUUGUAAAUCUUGUAAAAAAGAAUUUAAUAUGACCAGAAGAAAACAUCAUUGUCGUAAUUGCGGUGACAUAUUUUGUAAUUCAUGUUCAGAUAAUACAAUGCUAUUAGCAUCAUCAGCCAAACCUGUACGCGUAUGUGAUACAUGUCAUAUCACAUUAGUUAGUCGACAAUCAGUUAUAACGUAACGUAACGUAACGUAACUUAGUACAAACUUACUUGUUUAAUUUGUGGCACAUUCACACCCACACACUUUUUACUUAUUUACUGUCUGCCUUAACAAUUGUAAAUAAUAAAUAAUA